AAUCUCGACUGUAUACUUUGCCAACUAUUAUACCCCAUCAAAAGGUGUCCACAUCUGCUGACCUGGCAUUAAUCCGCCGUGGUUUGCAGCUCCAGCAGUCCGCUGCUAUUGGGAGCCACUGCUUCUGGUAGUUGUAAUUGAGAGUUCGAACCGCGAGGUUAAUGCUGCCAACGCAAUCACCACAUGAUGAUGCACUCCAAAAACAGAUCGUGGACUCUGACCCUGCUGGCGCUGGGCGCGGUCCUGGCCACUUCAGCCGAGGAUGUGGCGCGGUCCAACCGGAUUGCGGCACCGGGGGAGCCACUCUACUACCUGAUGGCGGAUGCGGGUCCUUUGGUGACCCCCAAUGAGGCGCUGAAGCGCAUGAACCGCUCGCUGUUCAAGUGGUGGGAUGAUCUCUUCCCCCGCAACAAUAACAACUGCUGCAACAACAACAAUAAACUUCCCGAACAAUUUCCUACAGCCAGUCCAUGUGGGCAGUGUGGCGGUGGAUGUGGUCAGAACAACUAUGUGGCACCGGCACCACAGAGUCCUUCCUACGGUGGUGAUGGUUACGGCGUCCUGCCCAACAGUGGGUACACCAAACCUGAUCCCGAGUACAAUGGACCCGGCAAUGGAGAUGCGGGCUAUGUAGCGCCGGCAGCUCCUGCCUACGAAGCUCCAGCACCACUUGCUCCUGCCUACGAAGCUUCAGCACCACCUGCUCCUGCUUACGAAGCUCCUGCACCACCAGCUCCUGAUUACGAAGCACCGGCACCAGUUGCUCCUGCAUACGAAGCACCUGCUGCUGAUUACAGUGCUCCCGCUCCACCAGCUCCCACCUAUGACCCACCAGCAUCCAGCUACAGCCAGCCGGCACAGCCAAGUUACGCUGGAGCACCACCGGCACAGAUCGUUUACCAGCCCAUCAUCUACCUCUCCACUCCACUGGCAUCGAAGUCGUCCACCCUGGUGGAGUACGAUGAUCAGAAAUAUAACACUCCAACAGCACCAUCGCCACCGCCACUACCUGCUCCCGUUUACGAGUCGCCAUCGCAGAGUUGCUACCAACCGGCGGCUCCUCCUGCUCCCAACUAUGCCACGCCCUCGUGCCAAACGCCCAUCCGCCUUUCGCUCAUUGAUCAGCCAUAUCGAGUGGCUCCGGAACUGUUUGACGAAUACAACUACCGCCUGGCCCUGGCCUCCCAGAAUAUUUUGUAGUUCUCUAAACGACCUGAUGCUUGACCAAUCUUUAAGUAAAAGUCUUCUAAUGAUAAUAAU